CUUGUUCAGCUACACUCAAAAUGUCUGGUGUAGAAUUAAUUAACCCACAAGCUGAGAGAGUACGCAGAGCUCAAGCCUUGGCUGUCAAUACCGCAGGUUCUAUAGGUUUAGCAAACGUAGUCAAGUCAAACUUAGGCCCUAGAGGUACUAUUAAAAUGUUAGUCGAUGGCGCAGGAAAUCUUAAAAUGACCAAGGAUGGUAAAGUUCUACUCUCUGAAAUGCAAAUUCAAAACCCAACUGCUGCAUUAAUCGCUAGAACGGCUGUAGCACAAGAUGAUCAAUGUGGUGAUGGAACUACUUCAGUAGUUUUAUUAGUAGGAGAAUUACUUAAGCAAGCAGAGAGAGUUGUUCAAGAAGGUGUGCACCCACGUGUCAUAGCUGAAGGCUUUGAAGUUGCCAAAAAGGAAGCUUUAAGCUUCCUUGAUGAUUACCGUCAAUUAUCAAAUUUGGACAGAAGUACACUCAUUAACGUCGCUUAUACCUCUUUAGCAACAAAAUUACAUUCUUCUUUAGCUCAACAAUUAGCAACUUCAGUCGUCGACGCCGUUUUAACUAUUAAACCUUCAACUACAGACAACCAAUCACUUUUGGCUGAUCCUAUCGAUUUACAUAUGGUUGAAAUUAUGAAAAUGCAACACAAGACAGAUACCGAUACGCGUCUUGUUAAGGGUUUGGUUUUAGAUCACGGUGCUAGACAUCCAGAUAUGCCAAAAAGAGUCGAAAAUGCUUACAUUCUUACAUUAAACGUUAGUUUAGAAUAUGAAAAGACUGAAGUAAACUCUUCAUUCUUUUAUAGCUCAGCAGAGCAACGUGAAAAGCUUGUUGAAUCUGAGAGGAAACACGUUGAUGCAAAGUUGAAGAAGAUUGUUGAAUUCAAGAACUUCGUCUGUGAUCAACAACUUGAUGACAAAGUAAAGAAAAACUUUGUUAUAAUUAACCAAAAGGGUAUUGAUCCAAUGAGCUUAGAUAUUUUAGCAAAGAAUGGUAUUCUUGGUUUACGUAGAGCUAAGAGAAGAAACAUGGAAAGAUUACAACUCAUUUGUGGUGGUACUGCACAAAACUCUGUCGAUGAUUUAGCACCUGAAGUACUAGGAUAUGCUGGUUUAGUUUAUGAACACACUCUCGGUGAAGAUAAGUUUACAUUUGUUGAAGAAGUAAAAGAUCCAAAAUCAGUAACGCUCUUAAUUAAAGGACCAAAUCAACACACAAUAAACCAAAUUAAUGACGCAUUGAGGGAUGGAUUGAGAAGUGUAAAGAAUGCUGUUGAAGACAAUUGCUUAAUUCCUGGUGCAGGUGCAUUCGAAGUAGCCUUAUCUGCACACCUUUCAGGCCCAGUAAAGAAAGCAACAAAGGGUAGAGCAAAAUUAGGUGUAGAGGCAUUUGCGAACGCCAUGUUAGUUAUACCAAAAACAUUAGCUGCUAAUGGUGGAUUCGACAUUCAAGAUGCGAUCGUUGGAUUACAAGAAGAGCAAUCGGAAGGCCAUAUCGUUGGAUUAGAUCUUAAAUCUGGUGAACCAUUUGAUCCAAUCGUUGAAGGUGUUUGGGACAAUUACAGAGUAAAGAGACAUAUGUUAGCAUCAAGCUCAGUCAUCGCUGUGAAUAUCUUGUCAGUUGAUGAAAUGCUUAAAGCGGGUAGAUCAGCCAAGUAAAACGAAUAAAUAAAUGAUCAUUCAUCGUAUUUUCUUUUUAAAAUAUAGUAGAUGUGUUUUAGAAAUCUGAUUAUAAAAUACAGAGAAUAAUAAGAAUAAAAUUU